GGCGUGGCCCUGACCCCCGGCCGCUUCCACGAUCCGGCUACGCGACUAUGGCAGGGGGCGGGCAGCUGGCGCUGCGAACGCUGUCUGGACACGGUUGGGUGAGGGGCUCGGGUCCGGCUCUCCUUAGCCGCCUGCGGGACGCCGCUGUGGUGCGGCCCGGCUUCCUGAGCGCGGCCGAAGAGGAGACACUGAGCCGCGAGUUGGAACCUGAGCUGCGCCGUCGCCGAUACGAAUACGACCACUGGGACGCGGCCAUCCAUGGCUUCCGAGAGACUGAGAAGUCGCGCUGGUCAGAGGCAAGCAGGGUCAUCCUGCAGCGUGUGCAGGCGGCCGCUUUUGACCCUGGCCAGAGCCUGCUCUCCUCAGUGCACGUGCUGGACCUGGAACCUCGGGGCUACAUCAAGCCACACGUAGACAGCAUCAAGUUCUGCGGAUCCACCAUUGCCGGCCUGUCCCUGCUGUCUCCCAGUGUCAUGCGGCUGGUGCACACUCAGGAGCCAGGGGAGUGGCUGGAACUCCUGCUGGAGCCAGGCUCCCUCUACAUUCUUAGGGACUCGGCCCGUUACGACUUCUCCCAUGAGAUCCUUCGGGAUGAAGAAUCCUUUUUUGGAGAGCGUCGGAUUCCCCGGGGCCGACGCAUCUCAGUGAUUUGCCGCUCCCUCCCUGAGGGUAUGGGAUCAGGGGAGCCCCGGCAGCCACCCCCAGCCUGCUGACCUUCUCGAAGCUUCAUAAGACACCUGUGUUUAGUGGAUAAAGUUGGAGAAUGGACAA